ACAGAAUUUUAUUAAAGUAUGAAAAAUCCAAUAGUGUUACUCAUUCUGAACAGCUUUUAUAAAUCGACAUAUCCGUGUUACGAUAAGAUAAGUAACGCAGGAACCUGAUUAAUAGCUUAGCUGAUAGGUAUCGCUGCUCUACUUCACGAGUGUAUGUCAUGUCAUCAAUAUUUCCAAACCCGAACUCAAAAGCCGAUUCCCUAAAAGAAAUAGGUUUCAUUUAAUUUUAAAAAAAAAACUAACUUUUUUGAAAUAUAUAAAAUUUAAGAAAUUAAUAAAUAUGGGAAACUCAAAUUCUAACUUGAAGGAACUAACACCCGAAAUGCUGGACGAAUAUGCAGAACUCACAUAUUUGAGUAAAGCAGAAAUACUUUAUACGUAUAACCAGAUUCAACAAGGAGAUCCGAAAUACUUAAAAAAUGACAUAAAUUACAGAUUUUCUAUGGAACGUGUUUUAAAAGUAAUUCCUCAAUUGCAACACAAUCCAUUUCGAGAGUCAAUAUUUCGUGUAUUUUCGUCCAAGCAAGAUGGAAAAAAGAGUUUCGAAGAUUUGUUGGAUCUCUGCUCAGCAUUAUCUACAAAUUCCCUGGGAAAUAUUCAAGCUGCAUGGGCCUUUCACAUUUUUGGCUCUCAAAGAGUUGGAUCUCGUUCAAGCUGGAUGCAUUUCACCACAAGGGUUCGAACACAACGUCUCCAGACUACCGGAAUUUACUCCCACAUUUCGAUUUAUGCCCUAAUUAAAGAAUUAGUAAUUUAAAAAUUAAAAAGAAACAUACGUUAAGUUUAAAACAGAAUUACGAUCCCUGAGCCGGUACCUCUGGAAAUUUUUCAAUGUACCUUUACCGAGGUUCUGGUGGUUUGGAACCCACCUUAAGCUGUAGGUCCCCCCAUUGUAUACUUGACUGCAACCCAGUCCGUCAAUGAUGGGGUAAAAGCCAGCCUUCAUCCAAUAUUUCUGGACAGACUACUCUCAUCAGAUCACUUGAUUGCAUUAUAAAAAUGCGUCUGUGACUGAUGAUAUAUACCGGAACAGCCUCGUGCAAAAAUGAUCAAAUAAAAAUCCAACUCUACCCAAAAAUGCCUUCGGCAUAUUGGGCAGUCUUAG